AUGGCUUCUUUGAUGGACAUGGCCCGCAUUGCGGCGGCAGCUGCUCAGGCCCCAGCAGCCUUGCGAGCUCCAAGAGCUCGGCUGGGCAAAUGGGGAAAACGCAUGCGCCGCACAGCGCGAAUGCAUCAGCUGCGGCGGCAUCUGAAGCACAAGGCUGACAGUUUGAGACGUCAGGCCGUAGCUAACAACGCCGGCGGCCGGAGCAGAACCAUUGACCACCUGCUGCCCGUCGCAGAAGAUGGCCGCAGGGCCAAGCCGUCUGGCAAGGGAGGCUGGAAGAAGUGGACGCCUGAGGCGCUGUUGAGGGCAGCUUUUGCCAGCGAGAAUGCGGCGCUUCGCCAAGUUGCGCAAGAAGUUGAUGGAGCCAGCGCAGCGCAUGCGCGGAGAGCCAGGCUUUUUGUUGCUCAGCUAAUCGAGCAAACGCAGCGGGAAGGCAUGGACCGUGAGUGCCGCCAGAUGGCGCACGCUGCCACUGAGGCUGGACAGGGCCCUCUCUUCCACAUUCUAAACAAGCUAGAUGUCGCCCUGCACGGCCUUGGGCCUGGUACAUGGUCCAUUUUGGCAUCCCACGCGCAGAUCAGCGUGCGCGCAGCCGACCAGACCCGAGACUACGACAUCGUCCGCCCCCCUCAGGCCUUGCCAAACAAGACUGCGCCCUGCAUGUUUGGCGCGCUCUGUCAGAACCUGGGCGGCCUUUGGCCAACCUUGCAAGGAACGCUCAUUGUCCUGCCGCAGGAGCCCCCAGGCUUGCAAGCCGAGUGGUUAGCCGGCAGGCAGCACGCUGCCCAGUUUUUGGAGCUCGCCUUUGGCGCAGUUACUGAGAACAAGCGCCGGGCACGGCGGGCCCAGGAGUUCUUGGCCUUCUUCGCCGGGCCCUGGUCAGGACUGACCUGUGGGGGGUGUGUGCAUGCAAACGGUCGGGGGUGGUUGGGGGGGGCAUGUUCAGGCACACAACUUGCAGUGCAACUAACAUGGAAAAGGGGAAAUCUCAUGGAGAACCUACUGCUGCACUGA